AUGGGGCCAACCCUAGCGGUUCCCACCCCAUACGGCUGUAUUGGCUGUAAACUACCGCAGCCAGACUACCCACCGGCUCUGAUCGUCUUUAUGUUCUGCGCAAUGGUCAUCACCAUCGUCGUAGACCUGAUCGGCAACUCCAUGGUCAUUUUGGCUGUGUCAAAGAACAAGAAGCUCCGAAAUUCUGGCAACAUCUUCGUGGUUAGCCUUUCUGUGGCCGACGUGCUGGUGGCCGUCUACCCCUACCCUCUGAUGCUGCAUGCCAUGGCAGUUGGGGGCUGGGAUCUGAGCCAGUUACAGUGCCAGAUGGUUGGAUUCAUCACGGGGCUGAGUGUGGUCGGUUCGAUCUUCAACAUUGUGGCAAUCGCCAUCAACCGUUACUGCUACAUCUGCCACAGCCUCCAGUACGAGCGGAUCUUCAGCGUGCGCAACACCUGCAUCUACCUGGCCGUCACCUGGACCAUGACCGUCAUGGCUGUCCUGCCCAACAUGUACAUUGGCACCAUCGAGUAUGACCCUCGCACCUACACCUGCAUCUUCAACUACCUGAACAACCCCAUCUUCGCUGUGACCAUCGUCUGCAUCCACUUUGUCCUCCCCCUGGUCGUCGUGGGCUUCUGCUACGUGAGGAUCUGGACCAAAGUGCUGGCAGCCCGUGACCCGGCUGGGCAGAAUCCUGACAACCAGCUUGCUGAGGUUCGCAAUUUUCUAACCAUGUUUGUGAUCUUCCUCCUCUUUGCAGUGUGCUGGUGCCCUAUCAACGUGCUCACGGUCUUGGUGGCUGUCAGUCCGAAGGAGAUGGCAGGCAAGAUCCCCAACUGGCUUUAUCUUGCAGCGUACUUCAUAGCCUACUUCAACAGCUGCCUCAACGCUGUGAUCUACGGGCUCCUCAAUGAGAAUUUCCGAAGAGAAUACUGGACCAUCUUCCAUGCUAUGCGGCAUCCUAUCCUGUUCAUCUCUGGCCUCAUCACUGACGCUCGUGAAAUGAGGGAGGCCCGUGCCCUCGCCCGUGCCCGUGCCCGUGCCCGUGACCGAGCCCGCCAGCAAGCCCGCGAGCAAGACCGUGCCCGUGUGGAAGAAGUGCCAAUGAGCGUCCGGAAUGUUCCGCUACCUGGCGAUGCUGCAGCUGGCCAACCUGAGCUCGCCUCUGGCCACCCCAAGCCGGCCUCCAGCCACUCCAGGUCUGCCUCUGCCCAUCGCAAAUCUGCCUCUGGUCACCACAAGUCUGUCUUUAGCCACUCCAAGCCUGCCUCUGGCCACUCUAAGCCUGCCUCUGGCCCCUCCAAGCCUGCCUCUGGUCACCCCAAGUCUGCCACUGUCUACCCUAAGCCUGCCUCUGUCCAUUUCAAGCCUGCCUCUGUCCAUUUCAAGGCUGACUCUGUCCAUUUCAAGUCUUCUUCCAGCCACCCCAAGUCUGUCACUGGCCACCACAUCCCUUCUGGCAGCCACUCCAAGACUGCCUUCAGCCCUGACACCAGCCGCCCUAAGCCCACCUCUGGCCCCACCAAGCCUGCUCCCACCCACCCCGAGCCCACCACUGCUGACUUUCCUGAGCCUGUUGCCACCAGCCACCCGGAGCCUACCAUCUCCAGCCAGCCCGAGCUCGCUGCCUCCUGCCACCCCGAGACCACUGCCCCUGGCCACCUAGAGUGUGACGUAACUGGCCUCCCUGAGCCUGCCUCCAGCCCUUCCACGGAGUCCUCCGAGUCUGCUGCCAGCUCCCCGGAGCCUGCCACUGCUGCUGCCCCCGUUGAUCCCAUUGAGGGCACCACUGCCUCCAGUGAUUACCAUGAAAUCGAGGUUCUUGAUGUCGAAGCUGAUUCUGAUGAGAUGGCUCUGUAA